UUAUUGCCUGUAUCCUGAGUUUCUUUCCCCUUUCCUCACUAUAAAUACUUGACCGCCAACUCCCCAAUCCCACAAAGGAAAAGGAGAAUUUCCACCUCCUCCCAAAACACCACCACAAAAAAGGAAAGAAAAACAACCAUGGCUACCACCAAGCUUCUCCUCUCCCUUCUCCUCCUCGUUCAGCUCGCCGCCACUGCCUACUCCAUCGGCGUAAACUACGGUACUCUCGCCGACAACCUCCCGCCCCCGGCCCAAGUCGCCAACUUCCUCAAAACACAAACCAACAUCGACGCCGUCAAAAUCUUCGACGCCAACCCCGACAUCAUCAAGGCCUUCGCCAACUCCAACAUCUCCUUGACUAUCACCGUCCCCAACGGCGAGAUCCCAAGCCUCACCAAGCUCCGCACUGCUCGCCGUUGGAUCAUUGAUCACGUCAAGCCGUUUUACCCUGCAAGCAAAAUCAAGUACAUUGGCAUGGGAAACGAGGUCCUUCACUGGGGGGACGAUGCUCUCAAGUCGAGCCUCGUCCCUGCCAUGAAGACUUUGAACAACGCUUUGGUCCUCGAGGGGAUUAAAGACGUCAAAGUCUCUACCCCUCACUCGCUCGGAAUCAUGUUGGCCUCCGAACCCCCCAGCAUGGGCAGGUUCAGACCUGAAGUGAUUCCAAUUCUGACCCAAAUGCUCCGGUUCUGUAGCCAAACCAAAUCGCCUUUCAUGGUCAAUCCGUAUCCGUACUUCGGGUGGUCACCCGAAAAGGAGAACUACGCUCUUUUCGGACCAAACGAGGGAGUGCACGAUAAAUUCACCGGCAAGUUUUACACUAACAUGUUCGAUGGGUUGAUGGACGCGGUUUACUCAGCUGCCAAGGCAAUCGGGUUCAGUGACGUGAACUUGAUUGCGGCCGAGACCGGUUGGCCUUCGGCUUGCGAGUUCCCGGUUUGCUCGGUUCAGAACGCUGUGGAUUACAACCGGAACUUGAUCAAGCAUGUUGAGUCUGGGAAGGGUACGCCAUUGAUGCCGAACCGUAAGUUCGAGACUUACAUCUUUGCUUUGUUCAAUGAGAACCAGAAACCCGGUCCCGCCGCAGAGAAGAACUGGGGGCUGUUCAAACCGGACAUGACUCCGGUUUACAAUGCUGGGGUUAUGCGCAAUCAACAGGGUGGUGCAACUCCUGGACCAACAAUGAAAAUUCCAACACAACCUUCUACACCAGCCGCACCAAAAAGCGGGAAACAGGGAAAGCCUGCCAAACCAGCAAAACCGGCAACACCGGCAGCAGGAGGCAACAACAGCGGCAAGAAGUGGUGCGUGGCAAAACCAGGAGCCACGGACCAAGCAUUGCAAUCAAACAUUGACUACAUCUGCGGCACCGGCGUUGACUGCAAGUCCGUUCAGCCAGGCGGCGCUUGCUUCGAUAACAACGUUAGGGCCCGUGCGUCUUACCUCAUGAAUACAUACUACCAGGCUAACGGCCUUCAUGACUUUAACUGUGAUUUCUCUGGGUCCGGACAAAUCACCACCACUGACCCAAGCCGCGGCUCUUGUAAAUACAACGCUUGAGCGGCUGAGCGGAACGGAAGAUAUGAUUUUUUCCAAUUUGGGGCAUUGUUUCAAUGGCCAAGAAAUUGAUUAGGAAAAUAUGUUUGAACAAACAACUUGAAGAAACCCUAAACGAAUACCACAAAAGCCAUCAACACAAAUCUGUUACAAAGAUAAUAGAUGCAACAUAUUCAUAUUGUCAACUACAACUGGUCAUCGCCGAGGAGCGAGGCCACAUAAAGUUAUUUUUGGUAGAUGAAACUGUUAGAGUAUGAGUGUGAUUCUCACAGUUUAGUAAUAAUCAUUGUUAUUUCAGAUUGGUAUAAAGAGGUCUUAAUGUGUUUAUAAGAGUUAAUUCGACUUUGGUUUGGAUUGGAACUCUAUUGUUGGCUUGAGAAUAGAACUCAUACUUGUACAAGGAUUUGGUCUUGUAUUCCUUGUAGGAUUGUAAUAGGGCAAUCUAUGUUUAGUAUAAAAACAUAAGCCACUGCUCUCACAAAACAUACGCUCAAUAUUGAACUAAGACCUAUUGUUAGUUUGAGUA